GUCUAGCAAAGCUACAGAUCUCGCAGUCUAAUUCUCGCCGCUAAUUGCAAGUAUAUCCGCCAAAAUGCAUCUUAUGUACACUCUGGACCAGGACGGAAAGCGUGUUUACACGCUGAAGAAGGUCGCUCCCUCCGGCGAAGUCACAAAGAGCGCUCAUCCCGCUCGUUUCUCUCCGGAUGACAAGUACUCUCGACACCGUGUCACACUCAAGAAGAGAUAUAGUCUUCUGCUCACUCAGCAGGCUGACAAAGAGGCUGCGCAACUAUAGAGCUCAAAAAGUUGGAUUUGCUGGAGUAAUACCAAAAGGUGGUUCCGAUUCAUUUGCUGGCGAAUGGUGUUAAACAUGGAUUAAGAUAUACGAAAUUUCAGAUUUCACAAUACCAAUUGUUUCAUUCCAGGCUGGUUUCAUAGUAGGCAUAAGAUACAG